CAGCGAUGUGACAUCAGUGGCCCCAUUUCCUGGCUCUGGUUUCGCUCAGAGUUUUAUUCCAAGUUGUGACAGACCAGCCCAGAAUCUACAAGCAGCUCUAACGGUAAGAUGACAGAGCAGGAGCACGGUGAACACCCAGUGUGUGAUGAGGAUGAAGAUGAGAAGCCAUUAAACUACAAACCGCCGGCACAGAAGUCUCUAGCUGAGAUCGUCCAGCUCGAUCCGGAGGAUGAGAGUCUGGCUAAAUACAAGAAAACCCUCCUCGGAGAGGGGCUUCCUCUGGUGGAAGAUCCCAAUGCACCCAAUGUGGUUGUGACUCGGAUGACUCUCAUCUGUGAGGAAGCACCUGAACCAAUAACCAUGGACCUCACUGGUGACCUGAAGGCCCUGAAGAACACUAAGUUUGUGCUGAAGGAAGGCGUGUCCUACAAAGUGAAAAUACAUUUCAAAGUAAAUAAAGACAUUGUUUCAGGAUUGAAAUAUGUUGCAACUACCUUCAGGAAGGGGAUAAAAGUGGAUAAGGUUGUGUGCAUGGUGGGCAGCUAUGGACCGCGUGCUGAUGAAUACGAGUUUGUGUCCACACCAGAGGAGGCACCAAAGGGCAUAGCGGCUCGUGGCACUUACACUGUGAAAUCGAACUUCACAGACGAUGACAAGAGUGACCACCUGAGUUGGGAGUGGCUCCUGAGUCUCAAGAAGGAAUGGAAGGAAUAAACUGUAUCAGAGAGAGAGAAUGUUACAGCAAUGCAGCCUGCUACGCCCUUAUAAUCCACACUGGCUAUUCAUAGAACCCGCUCAGCUCAGCUCGCCAAUCAAAUAACUGCAGCCCACAGUCCUUGUGCCGUUGAAGUGAACCAGCUCAUCCAACCAAUCAGGAUUGGUGACAUUAAGGGAAUGGAUGGAAGAGAAAAAUAUUUACCCUGUUGGGUGGAAUAUUGCUCUCUACCUCCUCUCUCUACCUCCUCUCUCUACCUCCUCUCUCUACCUCCUCUCUCUUCCUCCUCUCUCUACCUCCUCUCUCUUCCUCCCCUCUCUACCUCCUCUCUCUUCCUCCCCUCUCUACCUCCUCUCUCUUCCUCCCCUCUCUACCUCCUCUCUCUUCCUCCCCUCUCUACCUCCUCUCUCUUCCUCCUCUCUUUACCUCCUCUCUCUUCCUCCUCUCUCCAUUUCCUCUUUCUCUGCCUCUUCUCUCUUUCUCUCUCUCUCCCACUCCAUUCAUUCUCUCUCCUUCUCUUUUUGUUGCCUCUCUGCCUUUUCUCUCUCCCUCCUCUCUCUACUUCACUUUUGAUCUCUUUCACUUUCUAUUCUGUAGCCUUCUCUUUCAUUCGCUCUCACUUCCUUUUCUACCCUCAUUCAUUCUCUUACUCUUUCCUUUCCCUCUGCCCUAUCUCACUUUCUCGCUCCCUGAUGUUCCUGUACCUUGUUCUGUAAGCUGAUCUCAGAAGCAUACAAAGCCCAGCUUGCAGAAUCGAGGAUUCGAUGAUGUGAUUGUACAUGUACCUAAUAAUAACAGACAACAAUUUCUGUGACAAGUUAAUAUUGUAACAACCAUCUCUGAACUUGAGUAUCUCUGGCUGUUUGCUGAUUUGCCUGUUACCCUGUAAAUUGCCAGUAUUCAUCCAUAUUGUUGAAGUUCAGUUAUUCAGUUUGUUCUGUCUGUUUUCUAACGUUUUUCCAGUAAAUUAGAUAACUCCC